CUGAGGGACCAAGCAAAGCCGUGGGCCUGGGGCCGGAGAGACAGGUUUGUGCGCGGCCAGCGUGCAGCUGGCGGAGCCUCGCGCGCGGCGACCGUGCAAGAAAAGAAAAUUGGGAUAGGAGUUAAGACCUGUCUCUUCACCAGCUUAAUACUGUACAAGUCAUCUGCCUCUGUGGACCUCAGUUGCCUCAUCUGCAACAGGAGAUAAUUUUUCAAAACCUGUCUGAAGAUGAGGUGGAGGACCAGCCUACCACAGUAUUGUUUGUUCUUGGUCUCCUAUCUACUUACUACCUUUGAAGCUGUGCCUAUAGACAUAGACAAGACAAAAGUACAAAAUACACAGCCUGUGGAAAGCGCGAGGAUAGAACCCCCAGAUACUGGACUUUAUUAUGAUGAAUACCUCAAACAAGUGAUUGAUGUGCUUGAAACAGAUCAACAUUUCAGAGAGAAGCUUCAGAAAGCAGACAUAGAGGAAAUAAAGAGUGGGAGACUAAGCAAAGAGCUGGAUUUAGUAAGUCAUCAUGUGAGGACAAAACUUGAUGAGCUGAAAAGGCAAGAAGUGGGAAGAUUAAGAAUGCUAAUUAAAGCUAAAUUGGAUUCCUUGCAAGAUGUAGGGAUUGACCACCAAGCUCUUCUAAAACAAUUUGAUCACCUAAAUCACAUGAAUCCUGAGAAGUUUGAGUCCACAGAUUUAGAUAUGCUAAUCAAAGCGGCAACAAGUGAUCUGGAACACUUUGACAAGACUCGACAUGAAGAAUUUAAGAAAUAUGAAAUGAUGAAGGAACAUGAAAGGAGAGAAUAUCUGAAAACACUGAGUGAGGAAAAGAGAAAAGAAGAAGAAUCUAAAUUUGAGGAAAUGAAGAAAAAGCAUGAAAAUCAUCCAAAAGUGAAUCAUCCAGGAAGCAAAGAUCAACUAAAAGAGGUAUGGGAAGAGACUGAUGGAUUGGAUCCUAAUGACUUUGACCCCAAGACAUUUUUCAAAUUACAUGAUGUCAAUAGUGAUGGAUUCCUGGAUGAACAAGAAUUAGAAGCCCUAUUUACCAAAGAGUUGGAGAAAGUGUAUGAUCCCAGAAAUGAAGAGGAUGACAUGGUAGAAAUGGAAGAAGAAAGGCUUAGAAUGAGAGAACAUGUAAUGAAUGAGGUUGAUACUAACAAAGACCGGUUGGUAACUCUGGAAGAAUUUUUGAAAGCUACAGAAAAAAAAGAAUUCUUGGAGCCAGAUAGCUGGGAGACAUUGGAUCAUCAACAGCUCUUCACAGAAGAAGAACUGAAAGAAUAUGAAAAUAUUAUUGCUUUGCAAGAAAAUGAACUUAAGAAGAAGGCAGAUGAUCUUCAGAAACAAAGAGAAGAGCUACAACGUCAACAUGACCAGCUUGAGGCUCAGAAGCAGGAGUAUCAUCAGGCAGUACAGCAGCUGGAACAAAAAAAAUUCCAACAAGGAAUUGCUCCAUCAGGACCAAAUGGAGAACUGAAGUUUGAGCCACACGUUUAAAGUUCUGAAGUCCAUGAAAACUUGGAAGAAAGCUGUUAACAUCUGUUUGGUCUUUUUACUUUUUUCCCAAUUCUCUCUGCUCAAUAAAUAUUUUAAAGCAUA